AUGACGAUACACGGUAAACCUCACGUUGGUCUCGAGUGCAUGGCGACGAUGGACGAUAUUACGGAAGAAGAUGGCAACUAUUGCGAAUUCCAGACGUCCCCAAGUGGCUCGUGGCAUGCCGCUCUUUUCUGCUCGGAUGUUGUAGAGCAACUACUGGCCACGCAAUUCCACACGUUCAUGAAAAAGGUUGAAGAAACGGAUUGCAAGGCGGAGCUGCGGCGGCUUGUGGCUAAAGGACCGCCCAUAUGGCUCGAGGACAAACAUGCUUUGCCAUUGCCAAAGGGAGACACGCAUAUUUCUCACGUAUGGUUUGCCAGGAAUGAUGAAGAACGCAGCGCGAAGCUGGAAGGAGCCGUGGAAGGUGAAGCCCGAGACGUUUUGUGGAAAGAGUUGCAGCAAUUGUUGACUGCGAUGGAAGAGGAUAGGGACACAUCAAGGUGA